CCCAACACACAUCGCUGCCGACUCGCGUGCUCAUACAGGACGUCCGACACGGAGAAAAACUUUCCUUACUUCAAAUUUUCUACAGGAGUCUUUUGCGUACGAUGUAAGGGAGAUGGCUGGGACAAGCUCUGACUGGGUGGAAAUCCUGGAGCCACGCUCUCGAGAGCACAUGUACGUGAACCUGGCGACGGGCGAGUGCGGCUGGGAGCCGCCGACCGGCGCCCCCGUGCGCCAGUCCGACGGCAACCAGUGGUGGGAGCUGUUCGACCCGCAGAGCAGCCGCUUCUACUACUACAACGCCUCCGACCGCCUGACCGUCUGGCACCGGCCGCAGGGCGCCGACAUCGUGCCCCUGUCCCAGCUGCAGGCCAUCAAGCGCUGCAGCGAGGUGCAGAGAGGGGGGCUGGUGGGCACCCCCGCAGCCGCCAACGGAGCGGGCACCAACGGAGGGGGUACGGGCACCAGGGAGAGACUUCAGGCCCAAGGAGGAGGCACCCUGGGCAGCCAGGGGAGACACACCCCGCUGCCUCCUCCGGAGCCCUACCCCAAAGAGGGAGGUGGAGGAGGAGGAGGAGGAGGAGGAGGAGGAGAGGAGGGAGAGAGGGAGAGCAGGAGGACCAACGAGGGUACGAGUGAAAGGCAGCAGGGGGACGGCAGCACAGAGAGCGAUGGCAAAGACAGUUUGAGAGAGUCUGCUCAGAGAUGGCAGCCCCCGCCUGGUUCUAAGGCGGCCAUGUUGGUGAAAGUGAACAGCAUGAGCAGAGCCCAGUCAGCGGCCGCAGCAGCGGCAGCGUCGGCCAACCAGCACCAGCACCACCAGCAGCAGCACCACCACGGCGGCGGAGGAGGAGGACCCCACGGCAAGCCCAACGGCUACUCCGCCUGCACCCUCAACCCCUCCAGCAACGGCAAGUCCGCCGGCGGCGCCACCUACAUCUGCGCGGCGCAGGCCUACAAGACCACGCCGGGCCCGGCGGGCAGCAAGAUGGCGGCGGACGCGCGGCAGGCCCACCACCUGCGCAAGGCCAGCAACGGCAGCUUCUGCCUGGUGCCGUCGUCGCCGGGCGGCGGCGGCGAGCUGGCGUCCAGCCCCGGGUCGCUGCAGCGGCUGCUGCCGCAGCAGUGCAGCACGCCUCGGCCCGUCUCGCCGCAGUACGCCUCCGCGGCCACGGCAUGCCUCUACGACGACCCCAACGCCUCCGAGUGCCCCAUCUACGACGAGCCGCCCGACAUGGCCAUGGAGGUGGAGGGAGCGCAGCUGAUGAACGGCACCGGUCCUCGGCAACAACAACAACACCACCACCACCAUCACCCCCACCCCCACCAUUCCCACGGCCACCAGCACCAGCAGCAGCUCCCCCACCCCAACCCCCACUCUCACAGCCUGCAGAAGCCCAAGCUCCUCCAGCCCCCGGCCCCGGGCAACACCGGCUCCCGCCACAGGAGGAGCCCCUCGUCCUCCGACUACAGCCCCGCCGGCCUCGAGUGCAUCAAGCACAUGGUCAACGUGGACCCCAAGCAGCAGCAGGGCAGCCUGCUGUCCUCGCCAUCGCCCGGGCCCUCGUCUCCCUCCCCGUCCCCGAUAGCCACGCCUGACGGCCUGCUCCCCCACCACCACCACCACCACCACCACCAUCACCACAACAACCACCAGCACCACCAAGGGGGCCCGCCGCGGUCCCAGGCCAAGGACGGCGGCCCCAGCCCCAGCCCCGGCCCCGGCCCCGGCGUCAUGAGCGUCAGCCUGGAGAAGAAGCAGCAGUCGUGGCGGGCCCUGGAGGCCAGCGUGCUGCGCGCCAUGGAGGCGCACCACAGCCGGCAGAGCAGCCAGGCCUCGCAGGACUUCGGCAGCCCCCCGCCGCCGCCCCCGCCGCCCCCCGUGGGCCCCGGAGGCUACCAGGACUCGGGCUACUCCACGGGCCCGUCGCCCAGCCUGCGGAGGAAGAGCCGGCGGCGGGUCGCGGGCGGACCGGGCAGCGGGCGGCCGGGCUCGAUCGGCAGCAGCGGCGAGCUGAACGCGCUCAACGAGCGGCUGAUGGCGGAGAUGCGCGAGGUGGUGGGCCGCUCCAACACCAUGAGGGAGACGCGGGCCAUGGCGGCCGCCGCGGCGGGGCUGGACUUGGAGAUGGCCGAGGGCUGCCUGACCGGCCCCCCGCACUGCCACUCGCCGCUCGGAUCUCCGCGCAGCAGGUACGGGAGAGGGCCGCGCUGCUCGUCUCGCGAGGACCUCGCCUCCUCCUCGUCCUCCGCCGCCACCAUCGCCAUCGGAGGGAGCCGGUCGCUCGGCCGAGGGGGCCACCACGGCAACCUGGGCAACCUGGGCAACCUGGGCAACCUGGCCAGCCUGGACUUCUCCGGGCGGCAGAAGCGCACCUAUGAGAAGGUGGACACGCUGGAGAAGAGCAUCAACAGCCAGAUGAGCCUGUCCUCACCUGAGACUGUCGGACCGCCUUCUCAGGCGGGAACUCUUGACUCGAAGGUCCAGCUCGAGAGCAGGAAGAAGGGGAUGGUGGAGGGGCGGACAGGUUCCCUGGGCCCCCACAGGCCCCUCCCCGGGGACGGCAGCUCUCGCGGCGGCCCCGGCGGCGGAGGAGGAGCCGGGAGCAUGUCCGGCGGCGCCGCGGGCUACCAGCUGGCCUACGCCACCCUGCGCCAGCCGCCGCCCCCGGCCGACCCCGACAUGGCCGACUGGGCGAGCAAGCACCUGAACCUGCACACGCAGGGCCUGUUCCGCCGGCGCGUCUCCAUCGCCAACAUGCUCUCGUGGAACCGCGGCUCCAUCAAGAAGCCCAUGCUGGUCACCAGCGACCGCGUGGUGCGCAAGGAGGCCUGCGAGAUGUUCAAGCUGGUGCAGGCCUACAUGGGCGACCGGCCCUCGCGCCUGGACCGCCGGCACGCCGCGCUGCUCGUGGUCACCAAGUGCUGGGCCAUGCAGGGGCUGCGCGACGAGCUCUACGUGCAGCUGGUGCGCCAGACCACCGGCAACCUGAGCCCGCGCAGCCUGGCCGCCGGCUGGGAGCUGAUGGCCGUCAGCCUGGCCUUCUUCGCGCCCUCGCCCAAGUUCUGCUGCUACCUGGAGGGCUACAUCCAGCGGCACAUGGAGCCGGCCAAUGAUAAGAAACUCACCCAGUUCAUCCUUGACCAGCAGGACAUCAAAAAGAAGAACUCAAAGUCCAGGAAGAAGAGGAAGCAGAACACGGAGGACGAUGAGCAAGAGGGCCUUCCCAUCAGCACUUAUGCCAAGUACUGCUACCGCAAGCUGCAGAAGGUGGCCGUCACCGGGGGCAAGAAGGGCCUGCGGAAGCCGACCCUCGAGGAGGUGGACCACAGCCGGCGGGCCAUCAUCACGCCCUCGCUGUUCAGCAGCUCGCUGGAGGAGGUCAUGGAGCGGCAGAGCGAGCUCUUCCCGGACCGCAAGCUGCCCUGGGUGCAAGUGCAGCUCUCCCAGUACGUGCUGGCCCUCGGAGGGGCUCAGACCGAGGGCAUCUUCAGGGUGCCCGGGGACAUUGAUGAGGUGAACGCACUCAAGCUGCAGGUGGACCAGUGGAGAAUUCCAGAGAACCUCUCGGAUCCCAACGUCCCCGCCUCUCUGAUGAAGCUGUGGUAUCGUGAACUGGAGGAGCCCCUCAUCCCCAUGGACUUCUAUAAGCAGUGUGUGAGUCACUGCGACGACCCCGUGGCAGCCAUCGGUGUGGUUCACUCACUGCCCGACCUCAACAGGCUCGUGCUUUGCUACUUCAUCCACUUCCUGCAGGUGUUUGCGCAGCCUUCUAAUGUGUCCGUGACAAAGAUGGACGUGAAUAACCUGGCCAUGGUCAUGGCGCCCAACUGCCUGCGUUGCCAGUCCGAUGACCCCCGCAUCAUCUUCGAGAACACGCGCAAGGAGAUGUCUUUCCUGCGCAUGCUCAUUGUGCACCUGGACACCACCUUCAUUGAAGGCAUCGUGUAAACGAAGCACAUGCUCCGAAACUGAUACACACACCCUCUGACACACAGACACACACACACACACACUGAAGUUGAUGGACCAGUGUAUAGAGAGCUUUUGGACAGGCUUGAGUACUUUGGUUAAGCUCAUGAUCUUGUCUCUGGAAUAUAGUGCCAAGACCUCACUGCUUUAUGGUCACCAGAUACCCCAUACCAAAGAGUGGGGCUUACUCUGUAAAUAUAUACAUAUAGAUAUAUAUAUAUAUUUGUGCAUGAAGAACACAGUGUUAAUCCUCUUCACUGUUGAUUUAAUAAGUUUGCUUGGACAUCAAAGAAAAAACAUCAGAAUUGUAAAGAAAGAACAGUGUUAUAGAAUAAUUUAUUUCAAAGAAUACAGCAUCAUCCCGGAAAAAAAAUUGUGUGACAAGUGUCUAGGGGGAAAAAAAACAUUUUAAUUGUUUUUUUGGACUGUCCCUUUGGCCUAAAAGUCUGUCUGAGUUUAGAUGUGAUUUCAAGAGGGUGAAAAAGAGUUUUUUAUAUACACUCACAAUAGGAUUGUUAGUGUUAUUGUCAGCAAUUGAAUGCUACGUUCUUCCUACAAUUCAUACAUUUGUUGGUUGUCAUGUAAUUAUCUUUUAAUGGUUAUUGUGUUCUGUUGUAUAGAGAAGAUUUUAAUGUUAGCAGAGCAGCAGCUGCUUUUAUGAUGAAACAGGCCCUGGGUCCUAAUGUCCCAGUCAAAUACUGAAAGCAAUACGACUUUGCAAUAAACUACUGCUUGGGAAAUCUGUAAAGAAGGGACUUGUGAGAUAUUGUACAGUCCUUGGUGGUUCUACUUAUUCAUUAAUCAUUGGGGAUGUCAAUGUUCUUAUUUGUUAUGGUAAUUGUUUUAGCAGUCCUCCACAGAUUUCAGUCAUAUUUUUGAACAAACCAAACUGUAAAUUUGAUUGCAUUUUUUUUGUGUGUGGAUAUGAGUGAAACUGCGUGCAUAAAUGUUCACGGUAUUUCUUUGUGUUAGUGUUUUUCACAACAGUUAAGCUUAUCGCAAACUGUCCUGUAUUUCUGAAAGGCUGACUGAGUGCAUUGUUUAAGGGGGAGUACACAAAGAAUGUAGAGUACUUGAGUUGCUAUAGUACCUUUUGUAAAAUAAAAAAAAAAACAAUCCCUUGUAAAUAGUCCACACUUUUGUUUUUAAUAACCCAACAACAGGCGACUAUUAUUGACUUUGAAAGAAAAAAAUGAACCAUGACCGGUCUUACUUUUUGUGAUGUAAAUGUUUCCGUGAGCUAUCUUAUGAGACUGCUUGUUUGAAACCAGAAUUGAUCCACCUUGCCAAUAUGUGUGUUUGCAUUAUUUGUUGGAAUGGUUGUUCGAAAAUAAUAAAAUAACACAAACCUUA